UUAUAUUAUAUUAUUCAUCAAACACACAUCCUCCCUCUCUUUCUACCUUCGCCGGUCUUUCCAACAUCUCCAUCAACAAAAACUUGCAAGAAACUAACCAGUAUAAUAAGCCUAAUCCUAGUGUUUAUCUUCAGCCCAUUUCAUUAGUAAAAUAUACUUAUAUAUAGAAAAAGGUGUGUAAGAAUAACCACUGGCUUCAACGGUGACGUGGAAUAUCUUGAAUGAACUGUGACAUUGUAUUUAUUUGAUGAUUGACCAAUAUAGUAUUCCACAUUUCCACUAGUUUUGCUUCAUGAUGUCCCGAGGCAGUUCAACAAUACACUUCUUGUUACCUAUAAAUGUAUUGGAAUAAGUAUGCUCAUAAAUGAGGAUGGGAGUGAUUGUGUUGAGUUUUCUACUGCUGAUCCACUCACCAAUAAUAUUUGCCUCCAGAUUAUUGCCUUUGAAGGGUUGUGGGACUUAUCAUAUCAGCUAUUCAAGUGAGUCUAGUAGCAAGUUGUUUUACUUUAAUGGGGAAAUAGUAAGCAAAGAUUUCUUUUGCAAGUCCAUCAAGUCGUAUCAUGCGCAUCAUUGUCUAAUCAAUAGGAACAUCGUGAGUCAUUGCUACGAGGUGGGUCGUUUUUCAGAUGGAAGGAGAUUUCUGCAGAAUUUAGUUCGAGACGUGACUCUAGCAAGAGAGGAAAGGGACUCAAAAAAAGCAAAAGAUGAUCAAGAAUCUGUGUUUAGGACAAAAUACUUGGUCAUGGGUGGAUCAGGGUUUGGAGUUUUGGUUUUGUGUUGCAGUUUUCUUUGUCCUUGUUUCCGUUCAAAAAAGAAAGAUACAACCCACACUGUUCUUGCCAAGGAGCCAAGUUCAAUGGAUUCAGCUUCAUCAAUAGAAAUGCACUCCGUUUUUGAAAAGGUUCCAGCUAGUCCACUACGUGUUCCACCUAGUCCCAGUAGAUUUUCAAUGUCUCCAAAACUUGACAGAAUAGGAUCUGUUCAUUUGACCAUGAACCAAGUUGCAAGGGCUACACAAAACUUUUCACCAUCAUUAAGGUUAGGUGAAGGAGGGUUCGGAACAGUCUACAAAGCUCACCUACCUGAUGGUCAAGUGGUUGCCAUUAAACGAGCAAAGAAGGAACAUUUUGAUGCUCUUCGAAGUGAAUUUAGAAGUGAAGUUGAACUACUUGCUAAAAUUGAUCAUCGAAACCUGGUCAAGCUUCUUGGUUAUGUAGAUAAAGGAAAUGAACGCCUUAUUAUUACAGAAUAUGUGCCUAAUGGUACACUUAGAGAGCAUUUGGACGGUGGUCAUGGAAGUUUCUUGGACUUUAGUCAGCGACUUGAAAUUUGCAUCGAUAUUGCUCAUGGCUUAACGUAUCUUCAUCUAUACGCGGAAAAGCAAAUUAUCCACCGAGAUGUGAAAUCAUCAAAUAUUCUUCUAACCGAAAGACUAAGAGCAAAAGUGGCCGAUUUCGGGUUUGCGAGACUUGGUGAUGCAGAGACUGACAAAACACACGUGGUUACCAAAGUAAGGGGGACAGUUGGUUACCUUGACCCUGAAUAUAUGAGAACCUAUCAACUCACCCCGAAGAGUGACGUUUACUCAUUUGGGGUUCUACUUAUAGAAAUUCUUACGGGCCGUCGUCCCAUUGAGUCGAGGAGAUCUCCUGAGGAGAAGGUGACAAUAAGAUGGGCAUUUGGAAAGUACAAUGAUGGCGACAUAAUGGAUUUGGUUGACCCUCAUAUGAAAGAUGCCGUGGACAUUGAGAUCUUUACAAAGAUGCUCGGUCUAGCUUUUCAAUGUGCCGCCCCCACAAGAGUGGACCGCCCGGAAAUGAAAGUGGUUGGAGAGCAGUUGUGGGUGAUCAGAAUGGACUAUCUUAAACAUGGGAGAAAAGGAUGAACUCCAGCUUAAAACAAGGAAAAGCCUGAAGCUUUCAUUUGUCUCAGUCAAUCAACUUUUCAUGCUUAGAUGACUUGUAAUGCAUGGGUUUACGCCAAUACAUCAUUGGUUUGACGUACAAGCAUCUAAUCUGAGUGCCGUAAUGUGGUACAAGUACGUGAUGCCUUCAUGUACGAGAGUGGUGUUGUUGAACUCCCCAUUGAAGAUAGUUAAAUUCGGACCUCAUUCCUUGGAUAAAUAUAAUGUUUUAAUACUUUGUACUAUGUGUAUAUAGAUGAUUUAUCAUGGGUUUGCAUUGUAGUGUUUGAUUAUAAAGGAGGAAUUUUUAGGCAUGCUUCA